GGAAUCUUUGAAUCCAUUGAGAGUGGCCCCUCCGGAGCAGAGGAACUAGCCUUUAAAUUUGCCUUGAACACAAUCAACAGGAACCGCACGUUGCUCCCCAACACCACACUGACCUAUGACAUCCAGAGAAUAAACAUCUUUGACAGCUUUGAGGCCUCUCGGAAAGCAUGUGACCAGCUUUCCCUCGGAGUGGCGGCCAUUUUUGGCCCCUCACACAGCUCUUCGGCUAAUGCAGUCCAGUCCAUCUGCAAUGCUUUGGGAGUGCCGCACAUUCAGACCAAGUGGAAGCAUCAAGUGUCAGACAACAGGGACUCCUACUAUGUCAGCCUCUACCCUGACUUUUCCUCCCUUAGCAGAGCCAUCCUGGACUUGGUGCACUUCUUCAAGUGGAGAACAGUCACUGUGGUCUAUGACGACAGCACAGGUACAGGUCUCAUUCGACUGCAGGAGCUGAUCAAGGCACCGUCACGAUACAACAUCCGUUUGAAGAUCCGACAGCUGCCCACAGAGACCAAGGACGCCAAGCCACUUCUGAAGGAGAUGAAGAAGGCGAAGGAGUUUCACGUCAUCUUUGAUUGUGGACAUGAGAUGGCUGCCUGGAUCCUGAAACAGGCUCUGUCCAUGGGUAUGAUGACAGAGUACUACCAUUAUAUUUUUACGACCCUGGACCUUUUUGCCCUUGACAUGGAGCCGUAUCGUUACAGUGGAGUCAACAUGACCGGCUUCCGUAUCCUUAACACAGAAAACUCUCAGGUGUCGUCCAUCAUCGAGAAGUGGUCAAUGGAGCGGCUACAGGCUCCACCCAAACCAGACUCAGGCUUACUAGAUGGAUUCAUGACGGUAAGUUUUAACAUUUUUAUAUUGCUUAAGCAAUACAUUUUAUGCUGCACAUGCAAAACUGUUGCCUUCUGUCCCUCAUUUGUCAACGUCCACGUAACCAUAGCAAAGAGUGACAGCCCCUUUUUUAUGCUGCUGGUAGUUGUGUUUAUGAACAAUCAUCUUUAUGGAUUUAUAGAUGACUGUUGA